CUUUCGGCGGGGAGGUGGUGAGUGCGCGCGGUCGUGUGUCGCGGGGACGCGCGUGAAGAUGGCAUCUGAGGCAGAGCCCCGCCCUCUGGGCAUGUUUGAGUGCCAGCUCUGUGCCUUGACAGCUCCUUACAGCUACGUGGGGCAGAAGCCCCCAGACACCCAGGCUGUUGUCCUCCUGGAGGAGAGCUACAUCAUGAAGGAUCCCUUCUCCUCAGACAAGACAAGGUUUCUGGUCCUCGGCUCACGGUGCAGUGUGUGCGGCAGGCUGGUGUGUGUGGGCCCGGAUUGCAGCCUGUUCUACUCCAAGAGGGUCUGCCUCCCCUGCGUUCAGGAGAAUAUCAGUGCCUUCCCUCAGGAAAUCCGGCAGGAUGUGGAGAAGAGAAAAGGUGCCUCCAAGAGGCCUUCCAGCCAUCCCUGACCACCAUGUGCACGGCCUCCUCCAGUGCAGCGCUGGGCUGGUUCGGCCAGGGUUCCGACUGGGAGCUGUGUAUCUGGCCUUCUCUGAACUGUGGAGUACCUGGAGCCCUGGGAACCCAGGAGGUGGCCAAGACUGAGGCCAGACAGUGGGAGUGGAUCCUGGAGGCAGCUCCAGGACUGGCCUCUAGGGGAGUGAGGGAAAGGGAGACUCCUUCGGUGGACAGUUGGUAGACACUCCCGGUAGAUGUACCUGUGGGAGACACCGGCUUCUCUCAGGACUUCCAAGUAACAUGAUGUCAUGUCUGUAGGGAAAUCAGCCUCCAAGGGUAUUCAAGGGUUAUGUCACAUUCUGUGUCACAUGUCUGGGAAAUGAUUUAAACCUUGACCCUGUACCAUGUUUAUAAUUAAAGACCUGAAGACUAA